AUGGCGUCCGAGGUGCAACUUUUGGGAGUUGACAUAUGCGACAGUUUGGUUAGCUCGGACGACUUCUCCGGCUUCCAGCGGUGGAUCGGUCCGGCUGGCUCGUCUGGCGGCUCCCGCAGUGGUUCCCCGCCUCCAACGUCACCCUCGCCGCCAGACCCUGCUGCGUCCGACAACAGCGACCCCGACGCGACCACCCCGAGGACGUCCAUCGUGGACUGCCUGCUCGUGGAGCUGUACGACACGUACAGCGGUAGGAGAAACUUGGACAGCUGGGACAGCUCCACGGAGGCGUCCGGGCCGGAUGCCUUCCUGGGCCGCUGCAACACCGGAUCCGGAUUCCUGCAGGAGCUCCAGGAGAAACACACCAGGAGGCAUCAAGUCAACUAUUUGGCCCGCAAAGCCCCCGAGGAGCUCCGUGCCAUCAUCCAGGAGGUCAAAUACCGCACGAGCGUCCAGUCGGCCAAGCUGAUUCGCCAGCUGAGACGACGAGACCGAUUGGUGCACAAACUGCACAAGAACUACGACAUCAUCACUGCUUGCCUUCAGGCCGUUUCCAAAAAACGACGGCUCAGCAUGCGGCAGGAGCGGCUCGGCGGCGCCUCCGCCUCAUCGCUGGCCGGCAGCAGGAGGCCUCGAGCGGCCGCCGGCCGGCAACGGCAGCGCCGGCAGCAGCAACAGCAGCUGCAGCAAGCGUCGGGCGGGGUCGCUAGCAUCAUCAGCAGCGUGCUGAGGAAGCGCAACGGCAUCUCCAGGAGCGCUCCCAGGUUGCUCUGCACGCUCGAGCCAGGAGUGGACACAAGGCUGAAGUUCACCAUUGAGCCUUCUGUUGGGAAGAAUGGAUUCCAGCAGUGGUACGACGCCCUGAAAGCUGUGGCCAGACUUCCAACCGGCAUCCCUAAAGAAUGGAGGAAGAGGGUGUGGCUGACGCUGGCCGACCAGUACCUCCACAGCAUCUCCAUCGACUGGGACAAGACGCUCCGAUUCGCCUUCAACGAGCGCAGCAACCCGGACGACGAUUCGCUGGGCAUCCAGAUCGUCAAGGACCUGCACAGGACGGGCUGCAGUUCGUACUGCGGCCAGGAGGGGGAGCAGGACAGAGUGGUCCUGAAGCGGGUUCUGCUGGCGUACGCCCGCUGGAACAAGGCGGUGGGCUACUGCCAAGGCUUCAACGUGCUGGCCGCGCUCAUCCUGGUGGUCACGCAGGGCGACGAGAGCGACGCGCUAAAGGUCAUGAUCUACCUGAUUGACAAAGUGCUGCCCGAGAGCUACUUUGCCAACAACCUCCGCGCUCUGUCAGUGGACAUGGCGGUGUUCCGAGACCUGCUGCGCGUUAAGCUUCCCCGCCUUUCCCAACACCUGCACCGCCUCCAGAAGGCGGCCAAUAAGGAGGCCGGAGGCAGCUACGAGCCGCCGCUGACCAACGUGUUCACCAUGCAGUGGUUCCUCACCAUGUUCGCCACGUGCCUGCCGGCGCCCACCGUGCUCAAGAUCUGGGACUCUGUGUUUUUCGAGGGCUCCGAGGUGCUCUUCCGCGUCGCCCUCGCCAUCUGGGAGAGACUCGGAGAGAGGAUUUUGUAUUGCCAGACGGCCGACGAGUUCUACAGCACGAUGGGUCGUCUGACCGAGGAGAUGCUGGACCGCAACCUCGUCGACCCUCCUGACCUCAUACAGGAAGUCUACGGGAUGGCGCCCUUUCCAUUCCCUCACCUGGCCGAGCUGCGGGAGAAGUACACGUACAACAUCACGCCCUUCCCGACCUCAGUGAAGCCCGACGCAAGCGGUCAGGAGAGCGACGACGAGACGGUGGAAGCGGACGACCAAGACGCGGUGAUGUCGGCGCUUGGCUGUUUGGGGCCCCUGGGUGGGCUGCUGGCGCCGGAGAUUCAGCGAUACCACAAGCACCUCAAAGACCAGCGAGCCGACAUAGCCGAGCUGAGUCCGGGCGCGGUGGGGGGAGGAGCCAGGGCGGAGCACCAGGCGGCCAUCAACAGCAUGAUGCUGGAGCGCAUGAGCACUGACAUCUACGCGCUCAAGAAGCAGUACGCUCGCAUCAAGAGGCGGCAGCAGCAGCAGGCCUCGCAGCUCUGCAUCCGCACAGACAAGUGUCCCGCCACCCGCGUUCUGGCGUCCCAGCUCAAGCCUUCCAGCGGCGUCAUCAAUCAUCUGCUUGUGGGUCGCAAGCCCCGCGGCGCUUCCUCGCCGUCCGGCAGGGUCUCCUCAACAGUGGCUCCGUCUCGCGCUCGGGGCUCUCCGGCCAGGCGGCGCUGCCGCGACUCUCGUCUCUCCGACGGCAGCGUGUCGUCAGGCUGCGGAGGAAGCGCGGGGUCUCCCCAACCGGCUCGGCGCAAGAACGCGACCCGGACCCCAGCUGAGCCGGGCUUGGGAGAAUGUCAGCGGCUGGAUGAAGCGGAGGGCAAAUCGGAAGGCGGGAUCACCGAUGGCGUUGUUCAGGGGAGCAGCUCCUCCGCAGAGAACGUUUCCGCACAGGUGGAAGAGGUGGAGGCGCAACUGGGCUCCGUGCAUCUGGAUGAAAACCUUCAAGAUACGACUUUGGGAAAAAGCGAGCCCGCUCCUCCGGCUUCUUCAGUUGCUCCAAAGGGCUCGUCAAGUUGCGCCAAUGGACAUUCCUCCGCCGUGGCGCCGCCUCCCAGUGACAGCGGCCUCCCCUUUUCACCACCUUCCACUCUGAGUCCAUCUCCUUCUCCGGUUUCCACGUUUACGUCUGCUGAGCCGUCGUCCUCGCCCACGCCGCCUUCCACGCCGCCGCCCAGCUCCGACUACCUCGCCGCUUCUUCCACACCAGUUCAAGGCUUAUACCAGACACGCUUCCUGUCCACGCCGUCCCUCUCCUCCAUCGCCCCCUCGUCUCGAUCGCAUCUGCCGGCCUCGCCGUCCAUGACGAAGCCCUUCUCGCCCUUUCCGUGCGUCAAGCUACCCAAGAAGUCGGCGGCGGCCCGAAACCUGGGCCUGUACGGCCCCACCUCCAGGACGCCCGCCGUCCGCUUCCCCCAGCUGAGCCGCAACUGUAGCAGCGGCGCCGGCACCACCAGAAGGCGCUGAGAACUUUUGCCCACCAGUCAGUCACACACGGCUUGGUGAGAGCAAAUCUGCAGGUCGGACCGGACCAGAUUGGAACUGACUCCGCCCACCACACUGAAGCCAUCCACUUGUUUCUAUGCCAAGAAUAGAUACCAAGCAAAGGUUUGAGAUUAAAAUGCAAAAUAUGUACGCUUGCAUUGCAACUGUUGUAGGAUAAUUAAAAGAAGUACAAAAAUUGAAA